UUCAGUUUAAUGUGUCCCACUGUGUGAGCUGUUUAUAAGUUAUGUGAUUCUAUUCGUGCGAAAUAUAGGAAUAAAUUAUACUUCAGCUUGCAAAAGUUGCAAAGAGCAGAGGGCUAUUUUUGUUUUAAAACGCAACAUGACGGUGCUUUUGAAGAGGAAAUAGCUAAAGGACGAGGACGACGCAGUUGAUGGGUUGCUGCUAACGCUGCAGCCUCAAGACUAUAUCAAAACAUACCAACUUGAAGAAUGACGCAAAACUUUGAGGAUUAAAAAAUUUUGGUGGCAAAUAUUAAUUGUUUCUAGUUGUAACAAUGGUAUAGAAUGACAAAAUGCCAGUUGACAUCAACAGAUUAACAGAGGGAUGGUUGGAGCUUGAAAGUGAUCCAGGACUCUUUACGCUUCUUCUCGAAGAUUUUGGUGUUAAGGGCGUUCAAGUUGAAGAAAUUUAUGAUCUUCAGAAAUCACUCGAGGGUCCUGUGUAUGGAUUUAUAUUUUUAUUUCGAUGGAUAGAGGAAAGAAGAUCAAGGCGCAAAGUUGUCGAACAAGACGAGAGUUUUAUCAAAGAUGAGGAUGUUGUCAACAAUAUGUUUUUUGCACAACAGGUUGUGCCAAACAGUUGUGCGACGCAUGCUUUACUCUCUGUCCUACUCAACUGUCCAAAUAUUCAUCUAGGCAAUACUCUUACGCGCCUGAAACAGCACACUACUGGUAUGUCUCCGGAAAAUAAAGGCUGGGCCAUUGGAAAUACACCAGAAUUGGCGUGUGCUCACAAUUCUCACGCGAUGCCUCAAGCCAAAAGGAGGCAGGAAAAAAAUACGUCUGUAUCCAGUGGUCGGUUUACUGGAGAAGCUUUUCAUUUUGUCAGCUAUGUACCUAUAAAUGGAAAGCUCUUUGAACUUGAUGGUCUCAAGCCCUAUCCUGUAGAUCAUGGUCCUUGGAAAGAAGAUGAGGAAUGGACCGAACAAUUCAAAAGAGUCAUAACCGAUCGUUUGGGAAUUUCUACUGGAGAGCAGUUACAAGAUAUUAGAUUUAACUUGAUGGCUGUCGUGCCUGACAGGAGACUUGCCAUUUCUCACAAGCUUGCCAUGUUGAAAACAAACAGACAAAUAGUCCUAGAAGCUUUGCAGCAACUUGUUAAAUUAACAAUACAAAAUAAAUCGGAAAGCAGCAAAAGUGGCGAAAAAACAGGUGAAAAAAAAGAAAAGACCUUGGAGGAAAUUAACGACGUCGAAAUGAAAUCAGAAAUCGAAAGUACAAAUACAAUGCUCGGACAGACAAAUGUAGACAAGCGCGUUAAAGAUGUUAAAAGUGAUAACGAAGAAGUGCCAAAGCCUUCAACGAGUAUUGCUACUAUUGCAGAAAAAGUCGUAAACGUCUGUGCUCUUGAUUACGCGACUCCCCUUCAAAUUCAAACGUCGCCUGCUCAUAGCUCAUCCAGCACCGAUACUUCAUCCGAAAUAGGCUGGGGUUGGAAUUCAGGACAAAUGAGUCCGACAUCAUCCAAAGAGUUUAAAAAGUUUGUCGUGAUAAAGGUGGCAGCAGACGAAAAAACAGAAAACGGACUAAGUCGAUCUUUGAGUAACAUAAACAUAAACGGUAAGAGAAUGCUGUCCGAAAGUACACCGGCAAAUAAAAAGGUGUGUUUAUCAGGAGAGGCGCGGAUCCCUCAUGCAAGAGUCAAAACGAGUAACGGCGAUACAGUUACUGAAGAAAAGAAGGUCGAAAAGAUAGAAAUAGAACCACACACUUUUGUUCCAAAAGAUUUGCUAGCAUUACUGAAAAACUUGGAACAUGAAAUCAGUAUUUGCGAAGCAACUUUGAAAGAUGAAAACGAUAAGCGGACAAAAUAUAAGAUCGACGACUGCAGAAGGACUCACAAUUACGACGAAUUCAUUUGUACGUUUUUGUCGAUGCUGGCUCAACAAGGAAAACUUGCUGAAUUGGUACAGCAACACUUGCAACUGAAAAAACAGCCUACGGUAUCGGUCAACAGAGUACACAGGUCUUCGAAAAAAGCAGAUGCCGCACGAACGACAACUACUCGAAGACGAAGAGGAAGAACAAAAUGCAAGAAACGCAAGUGAAUACGACAAAAAGUUGAAUAAAAACUCACUCUGACUCUAGUUCUUCAAAACUGUGAAUCUUUUGAGACUUUUUUUCCAACUGUCAUAUUUAUUUUAAUCUUAUAUUCUAGAUUGCGAUGCAGAGGAUAAUUUUUAAUUAUCGACGCAGCGGCAGUUUUCUGCUAAUAUGUGUUGAAUAAGCUUUAAAUUUGUGUAUAUUUAUCGAGGAAAAAAUCUUAAUUGUAAUAACGUUAUUUAUUACGAAAGCUGUAUUUUUUUACACGUCCUUACUCUUAAAAGUCCAAGAUAGUAAUAAAGUUUUACAUUGUCUUUUUA